GUGAUGUACUUCCUCCUCCUGAGCAGAAGGUGGCGCUAAUCAACACAACUACAUCAAGUGGUCUCACCACCAGGAAGAACACCUACCAUGGAGACGAAGGACGCCUGAGUGCUUUAAAGUGGCUGAGGACAAGAUGUGGAGACGAGGUGGCAGAAGUGAGGCUCUGGAGCGUGCUCAGGCACUUCUGUGGGCUAAAAGCAGCCGAGCAGCGGACGCCAACAGCCGCCACGCUGCACCAGAUAGCCAUCAGGCCAUGUCAGACUUGAGUGAUGUGUCCCAGGUGAGUUCCCCAUCAGAAGUCCGUGGAGCUACUGGGCCUGAGAUGAGCCAGCAAGUAGAGGCUUCCCGACCUCAGAGCCCCGUGGGGGGAGGCAGCAGGUUCUUGAAGAGGCCGCCUCCUCCCCCCAGCAGCCAAUCACCUGUGAGGCAGCAGUCACAUGAUGACAGGUUGUUGUCCAAGUCCCAGACGUCCGCUUUAAGGAAGCUCGCUCAGAUUGAGAGUCAGUUCUACAGCCGUCACCAAGAGCCAGAACCUCUGGACCAGAUCCAUAGUCCAAGUUCUGAUGUGGACCUUUCCUCGCCCUCUGAUGGCCAAGAGGUAGCUCCUGUGUCCUCCGGGUCACCGCCCAGCAGUCAAGGCGAAGUGAAGAAAAGACCAAUUGGACCUCCAGAGGACUCGCAUGAAGGUGGUGGAUCCUCACCCCCAGAGAGCUCACCUCAGACUGAGAAAAGUGAUGAGGAUGUGAAGAACCAUGUGGAGGACUGUCCACCGGACGAGAAGUGGAUCAGCUCUUCCUUCAGGAGCAGAGCAGGCCUGACGCUGACCAGAAGAGACCUGAAGUCUGUCUCCCCGUCUCCUCCCCACUCUGGAGGCAGUCCAUCAUCCAGCUCUCCUCCUCUGAGAAGACCAACAUUGGAGGUCCGCCUCCUCCCCUCCCCAAGUCCAACACGCUCGGACUCCUCCAGGUCGGCUCCGGAGGAGAUCCUCUCUCUGGAAGAACUCUUUCCUGUUGGAUCCAAGGCGGACGUCCCCCCCAGUGAGGCCAGCUCGGUCUCGUCCCAAUCCGACUUUGAGAUCAAUGUGAUGACAUUAGACGAUCUUGAGCCGGCCACUGAAGGAGCCCAGAGCCACCAGGCGGAGGGCGAGCAUGCGGGCCCGCUUCCUACUUCGCCGAGCGGCCAGCGAGCGGCGGACUACGAAAGCGACUUUGAGAGCGCCAGCAGAAAGGAGGUGGGCGAUGACGUCAUCAGUAGCCAGGUGUCAGAGCACCUGUCAAUAGGCGAGGAGGUGGAGGACUGUUUAGACGCGUCCUGGGUGAGGACGGAAGACUUGUCCAGCACCUUUUCAGACUCCACAAACUCCCGCACCUUGCGGACGUCAGGUACCAGUCACAGGUUUCCCAGCAGUGAGUCCAGGUCCUCGUCGUCGCCUAGCAACCACUUCAAAGAUGUGGCGGCACAGACAGACGCGCACACUCUCUGGUUCCCAGGACCUGCAGUGGGCGUGGCUUACUCCUCCCCCUCCACGGCUCCUCCAGAAGGCGUCCGGCCCGACAUGUUGACGUUCAACAACAUGCUGAGACAGCAGCUCGCCAUGACGCGACGCUUCAUCGAAAGCAGCCGGCAUCAGCACGCCAGCCUGCUGCAGAGCCUCGGACCGCCCAGCUACAGAUACGCCACUUUGGAGGACACCGUGCAGGUAACCCACAGUCCCAAGCAGGGUGUAGCAGUGUUCUUGCAUGGACCAGACAAAAUGUCUUCUUGUUUCCCCUCCUAGUACAUCCGUGACCACACACAGCCUGAGUGACAGUGGAAGACUUUGACACGUCUUCUUGGAUGUCAAACCAGGACAGAACUGAAGGACACAUCUGACGGAGCUCCCAUUCAUUUCAUACACAACUUGUGUCAAAUUGUAUUGACUUUUUUAUUACAAAUUGUGAUCAGCAUCACAGUAUUAAAUCCACAUCUAUUUUUCACCAGUUGCCUCAAAGGGAACUGCACUUUUUUGGAAUUUUGUCUAUCAUUCACAAUACCGUAAUUUCCGGACUAUAAGCCGCUACUUUUUCCCCUCGUUCUGGUCCCUGCGGCUUAUACAAGGGUGCGGCUUAUUUACGGCCUGUUCUUCUCCGACACCGACAAAGAGGAUUUGGGUGGUUUUAGUACGCAGGAGGAAGACGAUGACACAAUGAUUAAAGACUGACUUUUCAUAUACCGGUAGGCUGGUUAUUUUGAUAACGUACAGGCGAGCACUUUGUAUUACUUUGCACCGUU